CCAGAGAAGUGGCAAGUGUCAAAAUUGAAAAGACUUCUCCGAAAAUUGCACGCAUUUUACUUCGUUCGUGAAUUUCACGUCCCGUAGUUACGCAAAAUCAAGUGAAACCGGAGGCAUUUAGCAGUGCAAUUCGAACAAUUUCCAUCUCAGGAACAAUCAGAAAGACUAAACCACAAUGGCCACACAAUUCCUGAACCGCAUCGGCCAGCUCGGCCUGGGCGUCGCGAUCGUCGGUGGAGUCGUCAACUCGGCGUUAUAUAAUGUUGAUGGUGGUCACCGGGCUGUUAUCUUCGAUCGUUUCACCGGAGUGAAACAGCAGGUUUCCGGCGAGGGAACCCAUUUCUUCGUUCCGUGGGUGCAGCGACCGAUCAUUUUCGACAUCCGAUCGCAGCCCCGAAACGUUCCGGUCGUGACCGGAAGUAAGGAUUUGCAGAACGUUAACAUCACGCUGCGUAUUCUGUUCCGACCGAUUCCCGAUCAGCUGCCGAAGAUCUAUACCAUUCUGGGUCAGGAUUACGACGAGCGAGUGUUGCCCUCGAUUACGACCGAAGUGUUGAAGGCGGUCGUGGCUCAGUUCGAUGCCGGAGAGUUGAUUACCCAGCGUGAGAUGGUCUCGCAGAAGGUGUCCGAUGACCUGACGGAGCGUGCCGCCCAGUUCGGUGUGAUUUUGGAUGACAUUUCCAUCACGCAUUUGACUUUCGGCAAGGAAUUCACACAGGCCGUCGAAAUGAAGCAGGUUGCCCAGCAGGAGGCGGAAAAGGCCCGGUUCAUGGUCGAGAAGGCCGAACAGAUGAAGAAGGCGGCAAUCAUUUCGGCUGAGGGUGACGCCGAGGCUGCUGCCCUACUGGCCAAGUCGUUUGCAGACAGCGGAGAUGGUCUGGUCGAACUGCGAAGAAUUGAAGCCGCCGAAGAUAUUGCCUACCAGAUGAGCCGGUCCCGAGGGGUUGCUUAUUUACCGGCCGGGCAAACGACACUGCUCAAUCUUCCGCAGUAAAUCCGAGAGGGGGCUUGGCCAGAAGCAUUUCUUUUUUUUUUUUUUUAAGUCUGUAGUUCGUAGAUCGCGAUCGGUUCGAAAGCAUUAUAAGUUCGACAGUGGUUUUUAACUUGGGGAAAGCAACGAGACUGCGCUUGAUUCGAUUGGUGUCAUUUCGUAAGUCAGCUCGGUUCGCUGGUUUUGCUUUGGAUAUGCCCGUUUGAGAGCUGUCGACGAUGAGUAGGAAGAAGGGGGUUUGUUUUGUGAGCAGGGAUUUGUUUUUUUUUUUACUUUCAAAUUAUCAGUUUUGUAUGAGGAUCGUUGAUUGUUACGAUCACAUUGAGUAAAAUAUCCAGGCUUACUAUUGAAUAAUAGCGUUAAAACCGAUAUAUUGUUGUACAAUGUAUUUGGCGAAGAAUAAAUUACCUAUAUUAAAACAU